AACCAAAUAAUACAAGUCUCAUGCAGGGUCAACAUAGUAUAAGCCUUGGCUUAUGCGGUUCUGUAACGUGAAAAAUGAUAGACGACUUUUGUCAACUUUAACUGGAGUAUGAUCAGUAACAGUAUCCUGAACUAAAAAAUAUUGGAAGCGUAGACAAAAUGAACCAUACGUAGUACCGUUACUGUUGUUUAGCAAAAGAGAAAAUCAAAAUAAAGUAGAAUUUAACGAGUUUCGACGAGUUGUUUCGAAAUCAUGUCUGUUCCGUAAUGCUAGAUCUAUUUACUAUAGUGACUCAAUUAGAUCUAUAGACAUACUACAUACUCAUAGACGUCUCAAGAGAUCAAGUUUAUCGUGAAAAUCUUUUUAUUAAAAAAAAUAAAAGUUAACCAUUGACAACCGUUUCCGGGGUCAUCUAAACAAUGAAAACUUCAGUAAGCUACAUGAUAAUAAAAGAUAAACUCUAGGAUUUAAUCUAGAUCUAGAUUGUAUGUAAAUCUAAGUUAGAUCUCGCGAUUGAUUUAACUUAUCAAAAUAAACAUUAUAAUGGGUGCAACACCUGAAGAUGAAAAAAUUCUUAUGCAUAGUGUUUUAGACUAUGAGAAAAAGCCAGUUCAUGUGUAUCUUACACCCACUAAAUUAGUGAUUGAAAAUAAUGCCAGACCUAGGUGUCAUGAUGACACCAAUGACAGCUUAGCCUUGGGUUUUCAACCAAGUUCGAGAUUCAUUAGCCAUGUAAUUAACCUUAAAGAGGUUAUAGCUGUAAGGUCAGAAAGGAGGUUGCAGAAUAAAGAGGAUAAACUGAGCUUGAAUCCCUUUCAAGAUUCAUCUUUGUUACAAGCAAACAAAUCACAAACAACUAAAGCUUUUUAUGUUUAUGUGAUAAAACGAGUUUCAAAACAUAAGUGGCGCCACAAGAUUUGCCACUUUGUUAGCAAAGAUUAUGGAACAUGUCAUCUUUGGAUAGACAAAAUUACAGAAAUUUUAAGAAAUCCAGAGUGGAAAAGGCCCAAAAGACUUUUAGUUUUUAUUAAUCCUGUUGGUGGGAAAAGGAGAGGACCUCAGAUAUUCAAUGAAAAAGUCAGACCAUUGUUUGACUUGGCUGGGAUUUACACAGAAGUAGUUAUCACAAAAAGACAGUUCCAUGCUAGAGAUAUGAUCUAUGAAUAUGAUCUGCAAACAGUGGAUGGAUUGGUUAGUGUUGGUGGAGAUGGUACAUUUUCUGAGGUACUGAAUGGUUUACUUGAUAGAGUGAACUCUGAAGCUGGAGUGGAGCAAACAUUCAGGCACAGUCCUAAAAGUCCUUCAUUGCGUAUUGGUAUUAUACCUGCUGGUUCAACUGAUGCUGUGGUUUAUUCUUUAGCUGGAAUCAAUGAUCCUAUUACAUCAGCAUUGCAGAUCAUUUUAGGUGAUUCCAUAGGAAUGGAUGUCACUGCCAUUUAUAAAAAAGAAGAGUUUAUCAAGUACACAGUAACUAUGUUAGGCUACGGUUACUAUGGUGAUCUGUUGAAAGAAAGUGAAUCUCUCAGAUGGAUGGGCCCCAAGCGUUACACUUGGAGCGGUUUCAAAGCAUUUGUGGCCAACAAAGCUUAUGAAGGAGAGGUUUCUUUUCUACUGGCUUCUGAAGAAGACAGUCAUCCUCGUGAUCGCAAUGUUUGUUAUGCUGGUUGUGAAAAGUGUAAAAAAUCUGUUGUCAAAAAUUCUCAAGCAAUAUCAGGGAAAGAUAACUUCUUGGAGUAUGACCUAGGUGGUGCUAGUGAAGCACUGCCAUCUACCAAACGAGCAAGUUACAUGAUGAAAGAUGGAUGGCAUCGUGUCAAAGGACGUUUCUGUGCCAUUAACUUAGUCACAAUCAGUUGUCGCUGUGCUCUGAGUCCAACAGGGAUGUCCCCCUCUUCACACCUUGGGGAUGGCUGCAUGGAUCUGAUUCUCAUACAAGACUGUUCCAGGGUUCAGUACCUUCGUCAUCUCAUCAGAAUCCCUGAUGCCAAAGCUGAUCAAUUUGAUUUUGACUUCAUUCAAGUGUAUCGAGUUAAAGAGUUCAGCUUCCAACCUGCGUCUGAGCCUGAAGAUGCAGAUGAAGGGGAGGGGCAGGACAGAAAUGGCUGCAUCAUCAAAAUGACUGGUCACACUCGUCUGGCAUCUGAUUCGAACCUUCAUAGCAUCUGGAAUUGUGAUGGGGAAGUGUUUAACCAUCCAAGCCUUUAUGCACAGGUUCAUUGUCAGCUUAUAUCAUUGUUUGCACGAGGUGUUGAGGAACACAGCAAAGAGGAAACACUUAUCCAUUGUCCAUCCUGCUGCUCUUCUUGUGAGAAUGAUAAACAUGACAUUCCAGAAUAGUCCAAGUACAUUUCAAGCCAGGCAUUCACACAUAUCAGAAUCUUACGUAGAGAAAUUGACCUUCACUUUGAGAAACAUUUCAACGUUACCCUAAACACAGUACAAAUAUGGGAAACAUUCAGACUUGCACAUUACAAAUAUGGGAAACAUUCAGACUUGCAAAUUACAAUUAUGAGAAACAUUCAGACUUGCACAUUACAUAUAUGAAAAACAUUCAGUCUUGCAUAUUACAAAUAUGGGAAACACUCAGACUUGCACAUUACAAAUAUGGGAAACAUUCAGACUUGCAAAUUACAAUUAUGAGAAACAUUCAGACUUGCACAUUACAAAUAUGAAAAACAUUCAGUCUUGCGUAUUACAAAUAUGGGAAACACUCAGACUUGCACAUUACAAAUAUGGGAAACAUUCAGACUUGCACAUUACAAAUAUGUGAAACAUUCAGACUUGCACAUUACAAAUAUGGGAAUCAUUCAGACUUGCACAUUACAAAUAUGAGAAACAUUCAGACUUGCACAUUAAAAAUAUGAGAAACAUUCAGACUUGCACAUUACAAAUAUGAGAAACAUUCAGACUUGCACAUUACAAAUAUGAGAAACAUUUAAAUUUGCCUUCCAUAUUAUAGCCUUGAAUUCUUUAAUAAGUUGUAUACAAAGCACUUACUUACAUAUGAAUAUUGAAUUCCUAUAUUCAAAGCAUUUAUUUUACAUUAAAAGUACCAACUUCUUUUGACUUAAAAAAAAAACAAGUUGUGCAAAGACUGCUCUACAUGUCUCUGAUCAACAAGGGACCUGGUUAUUGCUAUAAAGGCAGAGAUGGAUUCUCAUUUAUUGUUACUUGUUCCUGGGACAAAAUUCUAGAAUUAAUUCAACUCAUUGACAGUCUUCAUCUCAGCAGCCACUACAAGUCUAGCCUAUAGCAUUACAUUGUUAUUGUGUUAUAAUGUCAAAAAUCUACAUUGAGUCUGCUAUGUGGAUUGUUAUGUAAGCAUUUCAUUGACUGACAAAAUGGGAGUCUAUCUUGGAAUAGCAUUAACCAGCUUUUUGAAUUGCUUGCAUUGAUUUUUUAUUGUUACUACAUUAAAAAGAAAUGUUUUGAAUGCAUUUUAGAUCCUUGACAUUUACAUGUGUACUAUACUGAAUAUUUUGAGUGAUAUAUUUAUUUAUUAUUAUUCAUUAUUAUAAUGAAAUUUAAUACUUGCAAAAAAAUCAACUCUAUGCUAUAGACCAAUAAUGUUGAUAAAUCUUGAUACCUUUAAAUGAGUUGCUUUGAUUGUUAUAUCUGCAACAAAAAAACAUCGGAUCAUUUCUCCAUUUCUUCUGCAGUCUCAAGAAACACACCAGAUUGUGCAGGGGGGGGGGGGGGGGAUAAUAAUUUUUUCUUUGUAUAGUCAAAAGUCAACAAUGUAUUUUUACUGACCAACUAUCUAUGGCUUGAGACUUAAGCUUUGACUAGUAGUGAUGGUGUCAAGAAGUUUAGUUAAUGUAAACUGUUUAUACACAUUAUGCUGUUUUGUAUUUUUUUUUAAAUUUAUUUUCUAUAGUAUAUUGUACACAUUGAAGUUUAUAAACAUUUUCAAUAAUAUUUUCACUAAAAUUGCAUCAGUAAUUUUUCUUUCAAAGAAUGUAUUUCAAGAAGAGUUUAUUAUUUAAUUAUAUUUACCAGAUUUAAUUUUUUACAUUCAGUUUUUAUUAUGACCAUUAUGUGAUAUUGUCCACAUUUUUUUUUUUUUUUUUUACAACAGUGGCUAUUUAUAUGAAGCUAUUUAAUUGAAAGCUACUCUUUUUUUUUUUAAAUUUAAUAUUUAUAAAGUAGGGGACAUUUAGCUAAUGAUAAGAAGAAAUAUAUUGCAUUGACUGCAUUGAAUCAUUAUUUGAUGUCAUGCUAUUUAAAUGGGAAGUUGGGUUACUUCAAGUUUAUUUUACUGUUGUAAGCACUUAACCACAAGGUAACUUGGCUAGAAAAUUAAUUUUGAGUUUUGAACUGCAUAUAUGUUAAUAGCAACAACAGGUAAAAUCUUAUUCAACAAGUAUAGUGUAUCAAAACAAGUAUUUUCUGUACUGCAGGUCCUGUAGUUUUGUGGUAUCCAACUUUUUAUUCUAAAAAAAAAAGUACCUUUUUUUGUUUACUUUAUCAAAUAUUUUUUUAAUAUACCUUACAACUUUCUCCCCGCCCCCCUUUUUGUUUAUAUCAAAAUUGCUGGCAACAGUUUUAAAGAGACCUUGGCUGGACAUCCCACAUUCAAUAUAUGCGCAGCUUUCACCUAAUCUGGACAAUCCCGUUGGGUUUUUUUUAGGAGUUUCUCAAAACUACACAAUUACCUUGCUCUUUCCAGACCUUAAUUUAUUUAAAAUUAUGUUCAUGCUUGGGAACAAUAACUUGUCAACAUAUCUUUGUAUAUAAUAAUGAGUAAUUGCUGCUAAAAAUGUGUUAUUGUAGACACACCAGUUCUAGUGGAAUGCUCUUGUAAUCAGAUUUGUCAAUAUAUGUGUCAAGAAGUAUGUAUUACUACUCCAAGAUACAUUCUAUUUAUAUGAUUCAUCAGGUCCCAUUACUCUAAAUGCUUUUUUAGACUUUUCUUACAGUGGUAGAUUUAAAUUGUAGACCUCUUAGAGUGUUAGUAUUUAAUUCUAUUUUCAUUUCAACCCAGUGUGAUUAUGAUUGAUUUCAUUUUCUUUUUACCACUUUAUAAAUUGGAAAUGCUUUUAAUUGUUAAGCAACAAACAUUUUCAUUUCAUCAUGUUUAUCACAUCUUCAGUUGAAGGGCUUUUACCACUAUGUUACUUCCAUUAUAUACUAACUGUAAAUUAAAAACAUGUCUACUGCAUUUGUUGCAGUCCAAGUACAUUGUGACACCAUACUUGACCGUGAAUGUUAAUUUAACAAGCAAAAUAUGAUAAAGACUUAAAAAAAAACAACAACACAAAGCUUAAAUAAGGGAAAGAACUGCACAUUAAUGGCCAUAUAUCUCAAUACUGUAAGAUUUAUUUCCUUUUUAUAUCAAACAAUUAAUUUAUUACCACUAAUGAAUCAAUUAAUUGGUUAAUUUUUCAUUUGAUUCAUCUUUUGUUCGGCACAAUAAAUAAUUUUGCAAAGUUUCAACUUGAUUCAAGAAUGGGAAUUGGGAGUGUACAAAAUUUCUGCUAGACAGAGUGAGCUUUGUAAAAAGUAACGAAAAUCUUGAAAUGAUUUCACAUUUAUUAAGAUGACAGUCCAGAGCGCAUACAAGACGGCCAGGCUGAUCCACAUUGUUUGGAUAUUGUGUAUUUUGUGAGGAAGUCCUUCAUUUAUUUACAGAUCUCUGCUUGUGUUAGUUUGCCAUUCCAAUAGUCCAAUCAAAAUUGUUUUAAUCUGUGAGCUAAUCAUUGAUUCUAUAUUAAUGAUUUUUGUUUUGUUUUUAACUUUAUACACAUUUCUUUUGUACAUUUAUUCAAAGAAUGUUGGUUGAGUUGAACAUUGAUCAAAAUGAACAUCCCACCUUCCACCUUGUUCAUUUCAAAAAGGCGCAAUUGUUAUUCACUUACAAUUUGUUAGAUGCACAAUUAUUGUGUCAAUAAAUCAAAGAUUUAGUGUU